UCUACCGAAUCAGGAUUCGGGAAUCAACAGUGGAAAUAUGUCGAAGAUCGUGUACAUUAAAUGUUUCUUGCAUAACAGUACCAUACUAUAAAAGUGUCAAAAUCUUAUAAAUAAUCUCGUUGGUAAUGUGCUAGUGUGAAAACAAUGUUUAAUGUGCUUCAGAGAGUCUGUCGUAAAUAGUAAAUCGAGAUGAGAAAAAGGUGAUCACAAAGACAGCUGUGAAGUGUCAGUAUGUCUCGGUAUGGUCAUGAAUCAGAGAAGCAAGCAUUUUCGUACAUGGAUGGAGUUCCUGUCAAAAUUGUUGAACAGUAUAAACCACCAAGGAAGGUUGCAUUACCAGUUAGCUACCAACAUAGGAUGUCUGUUGAAACUGUUACAGAAGAGUAUGAGUUCAAGCUGGAGCACAGUGUACUACAGAAAAUGGGGGAAUGGCGAAAAUUGCGGAAGACAGGCAUUGAGAAUAGGAUGGAGAGAAUCAAGACUCAGGAGAGAGCAACAUCUAAACCUCAGGAAACAGGGGUGGUCUCCUCAGACCCCAGCAUGAGUCCUGCACCUUCUUCCUUCACUGUGGAGUUGUCUGGUGAUUCCUAUGCCAUUUCCACAGAUGGAAAUGUUUCAUAUGCUGAACCACCACCUUCCUUCGCCAACCCAGUCUCCCACACUACCUUAUCUGUAUCUCCUGCUAUUCAAGCGGUUUCAUAUUCUAACCCUAUUUCCACAUCAGUUCCUCAGUAUUCCAUCUUAACACCUGUUCCAAUUACAGUAUCCUCUGUUGAUACAUGUUCUAGCAAAGUAUCUGAUAAUUUUAACUUCUCUGAUUUUGAAGCUGACACCUCAAGUCCAUUUGAUAACAUGGAACUUAAGACAAUAAAUGAAAUGGAGGAAUUAGCUCAUGUCCUACAACCUUUGUCAAAUUCUUCCAGUCAGUUGAAACAGAAACCACCUGACUUGGAAGUAGCUUUGGGGAACUGUUAUGCUUCCUCAGUAGCUGUUUAUAAUGUAGAUCAGGUGGCACUUUGCAAUACUUUUGAUUCAAAGCUAAAGAAAGGGCCAGCAGCAGCACAUACUCACAUAAAUGGUAUAACUGGAUAUGGUCUCUGUGGAACCGGUCCUCGGCUAAAAGGACAAGGUAUCAGAAAUGACAGUUAUAUAACUGUGGUGUCUCAUCCAUAUGAUUAUUCCAUAGCUGGAAUGCCAUUGAAAUCUGAAAGUUCAUAUUGUUAUUAUCCUGGACGGACAUGGGCAGCGAGUACGAAUACUGGUCGUGCAGGAAUCAGCUAUUCCUUAGAUCCUAGUAAACAAACUGACUGUAUUGUAACUUCUGAAAACUCAGCAGUAGUUCCACGGCCAUCUGUGACGUGUUCAGCAGCAGUUCAAGAAGCUAUCAUGGCCGAAAGAUCUGUCUCUUCAACUUUCACUUCAUCAGUUCAUCAUCCACCAUUGACUUAUGGUGCGUCCUUUCCGUCCACAUAUAACUCCAAUCAGGACCUACAUUCCCCUGGGAGAUCCUUGUCCAAGAGUGUUCCAGACAUUGUCCAAGAACUGGAGAAAGAAUUGAAAAAUAAACAUGCAAAAGAAAGUAAUUCAUGUGUGGGUCGAUCAAGUCACACACCACCUCCAAGACCUAGCAGCUUCGGGUCUACAGGACUUGAGAACUGGAAGCCAUGGCCUGACUUGGACAGUCCUGACCGGCCACAGUCUGAAACAAAAGAACGAUCACCAUCAAUUCCAAGGCACUCGGCUAGUAAACGCAUGCUAAAAUCAACUCUGCUAAAUCCAUUCCGGGAUCUGAAUCCAGCAGCCCAGAAUCUAGUGAAACACAUCAGUGAGAUGGGAUUUUCUCUGCCCCGUGUAGCAAGGGCAUGCCAGAUGUUGGGCGAGGAUGACAAGAAAAUAGUGGAGUUUUUACUUCAAGUUCAGUCUUUGGAGGAGAAGAAUUAUCCAAGUGACCAAGUGGAAAAAGCCCUUGUUUUGAACAGAUACAAUAUUACUCAUGCUGUUAAAUAUCUUGAUACAAUGGCCCAACUUUUGGACCUAGGUUUCCCAGAAGAUCUCGUGUCAGAUGCACUUAUAAGUUUUGGUAAUGAUAGGGACAAAGCUUUAGACCAGCUCAUUUCCUAACUUUCUAGUCUCUAUGACUGAACUUCUAAGAGUAUUAGUGAUGCUAAUGGUUGUACAGUGAAUAUGGCUUAGUAAUUGAAGAUGCAUUGCAGUUUUGUACAUGUGAUUUCCAAAUUUAAAAUAAAUAAAUGUAAAAAAACAGUGCUUGAAAGAGUUGUAAAGACCUUUUUUUCAGUUGUAAAUGUAAAGGAGAUACAUAAUUAUACUUUGGAACAUAUGUUGUGCAUGAUGUUAAUGUAAACAAUUCAGGCUCUAUGAAAUUAAAUUCAUAUUAUUUCUUUUUUCUGA